GCGUUGGUCUAUUACGGGGUCCUGUCGAGAUGGGCAGCACAUUCACACGCAUGUCGUGUCAAAUCCAUAGGCAUUAUUGAGCUUUCUAGUUUAACAACAGUCAUGACCAUACAGGAGCUAGUGGAAGGCAGAAUAGACUUCAAAGGGCAAAAGACGGCGGAUGAUGUUGUUCGCGUGGUACUCAUCACCAGCACAUUCCUCUCUUUUAUCAUUGGGUUUGCCUUCAGCUCUCUCAUGAUAACAAUCAGUACGUUUGCACUCUGUACUGUGGCGCUGGCUCUGGUUGUCCUGCCUCCUUGGCCCAUGUUCAAUCAUCAUCCAGUGACAUGGUUGUCUGUACAAGAACACAGUCAGAAGUAACACUCGGUUUUUAUUUUGAUAUCCUUACCUCCGAGCCUGCAGCACACGCAGGACUUCUCCUGCUUCUGAUAAUCUAUUAUUGCUGAGUUAUUAAUGUGCGUUUCGACAGCCUGAGAGUUCUAGCUAGGUAAGCUUGUUGUAGCAAUUUUUAUUCUUGCUUCCUCACAUACAUGCGGGGUGUCGUCGGGGCAGUGGGGUUGGCAUCGUUACCUCUGUUCGAAAACAAGCAAAGUAUCAUACAGCCUUGACCAUUGUCACCCGAGUAAGACUCAGGGGAUUCUUGGCACUAGAACUCUAAACUAGCGAGAUGAGACAUACAUGAGAAAAUUAGGAGAAAUUAUCGACUGGGAGCAAAUCUCCGUUUGCGAACAUAGA